UUGCUGCAGGAUGUGAUGCGGGACCCGGUGAUAGCGGCGGACGGUUACACAUACGAGCGACAGGCGCUGCAGGAGUGGCUGCUUAAUCACAACACAAGCCCAGUUACUAACCAGCCCCUGGCCUACAAGCGUCUUAUCCCCAACCACUGCGUGCGAUCAGCCAUAAUGGAGUGG